AUGUCCACCUAUCCAUCAUGGAAGGAUCGCACACAAACUCAGUUCGGCAAACUUCAGAUUCAAGUACCAUGGCGUUCAUUCAAGCUCUUGGUGCCACAUCGCAUGCGCCGGAAGAUCCGCUCAAAGCUUCGGAGUCGCUUAUCGCCAACCUCGUCCAUCUCCACGUUGCAGACAUCCUUUUCACCAUUUGACACUCUGCGUUCACUCCAAUCUCAUCGAUGGACGGUGUACGACUUCCAGUACCUCUUGCUACUGAUCCUCGGCAUCUUCUCCCUGACCGUCAUGCAAUCCCCGGGUCCGCUUGGAAAGACCGCCAUCUCGAGCCUUCUCUUGUUCUCUCUCCUCAUGCCCAUCACACGCCAAUUCUUCUUGCCCUUUCUGCCCGUUGCUGGGUGGCUUAUCUUCUUCUACGCUUGCCAAUUCGUUCCCAGCGACUGGCGACCCGCAAUUUGGGUCCGAGUGCUACCGGCCAUGGAAAACAUCCUCUACGGUGCAAACAUCAGCAACAUCCUCUCAGCCCACCAAAACGUCGUGUUGGACAUUUUGGCCUGGAUUCCUUACGGACUCUGCCACUAUGGUGCUCCUUUUGUCGUCUCUGGAAUCUUGUUUACUUUCGGUCCCCCGGGUACAACUCCCCUUUUCGCCCGCACGCUCGGCUACAUCAGCAUGAUGGCUGUCACCGUUCAGUUGGUGUUCCCAUGCUCUCCUCCAUGGUAUGAAAAUCUGUACGGUCUCGCUCCUGCAGAUUACUCGAUGCAAGGAAACCCUGCAGGUCUUGCUCGCAUCGACAAGCUCCUCGGAAUCGACCUUUACACCUCCGGAUUCAAGCAGUCGCCCGUUGUGUUCGGUGCUUUCCCCUCACUGCACGCUGCCGACUCGACCCUCGCAGCUCUUUUCAUGAGCCACACUUUCCCCCGCCUUAAGCCCCUCUGGGUCACAUAUACUCUUUGGAUGUGGUGGGCUACCAUGUACCUUUCUCACCACUAUGCGGUUGAUCUGGUCUGUGGUGGUCUGCUUGCCACUGUGGCCUUUUACUUCGCCAAGACUCGCUUCCUCCCCCGUGUCCAAUCCGACAAGAUGUUCCGCUGGGACUAUGACUACGUGGAGAUCGGUGACUCCUCGCGCGAAUUUGGAUACGAUCUCGCUAGCCUUGACGGUGACUUCAACUUGGAUAGCGAUGAGUGGACCGUUGGAUCCUCUUCCUCUGUUUCUUCUGGUUCCCUCAGCCCCAUUGAUGACCACUACACCUGGGAAAGCGAAACUCUCACCUCCAACCACGACCUUGAAUCCGGUCGCUAA